AUGGCAGGCAAUGAGUGGAUCAAUGGGUACUUGGAGGCGAUACUGGACACGGGAGCUGCGGCGGUGGCGGAGGAGCCGAAGGCGCCGGUGAGCGUCGGCGACACAGGGUUCAAUCCGACGAGGUAUUUCGUGGAGGAGGUGGUGUCUGGCGUGGAUGAGACGGAUCUUCAUCGCACUUGGCUGAAGGUGGUGGCCACACGCAACACCCGCGAGCGCAGCGCGAGGUUAGAGAACAUGUGCUGGCGCAUUUGGCAUCUCGCUCGCAAGAAGAAGCAGUUGGAAUGUGAAGACUUGCUAAGGGUGGCAAACCGACAUUUGGAGCGGGAGCAGGGACGGAGAGAUUUCACUGUGGACAUGUCAGAGGACUUGUCGGAAAGUGAAAAGGGGGAUAAUGCGGAGGAGUUAAGUCAGUGUGAGAUACCUAGAGUAAAAUUCCAGAGGAAUUUCUCUGAUCUUCAAGUCUGGUCUGACGAUAACAAGGAAAAGAAACUCUACAUUGUACUCAUCAGCUUGCAUGGUCUUGUCCGAGGAGAUAACAUGGAGCUCGGCAGUGACUCAGACACAGGUGGUCAGGUGAAAUAUGUUGUAGAGCUUGCACGAGCCCUUUCUAAGAUGCCCGGGGUGUAUAGGGUUGAUCUUUUUACUCGUCAGAUAUCAUCUCCUGAAGUUGACUGGAGCUAUGGAGAGCCAGCAGAAAUGUUGAGUUCAAAUUCAUAUGAAACAGAUGUAACCGACUCUGGUGAGAGUGCUGGAGCUUAUAUUAUACGUAUACCUUGUGGCCCUAGAGAUAAGUAUCUCCAAAAAGAGUUACUUUGGCCUCACAUUCAAGAAUUUGUUGAUGGAGCUCUGACUCAUGUACUUAAUAUGGCCAAAGUUUUGGGUGAGCAAAUUGGUGGUGGAGAUCCUGUUUGGCCAUAUGUCAUUCAUGGACACUACGCUGAUGCUGGGGAUUGUGCUGCUCUUCUUUCUGGUGCCUUGAAUGUUCCUAUGGUUCUCACUGGCCAUUCCCUUGGGAGAAACAAAUUAGAACAGCUGCUUAAGCAGGGAAGGCAGUCUAAGGAGGACAUAAAUACAACUUACAAGAUCAUGAGGCGCAUUGAAGCCGAAGAGCUAUCUUUAGAUGCUGCUGAACUUGUCAUCACUAGCACAAAACAAGAAAUCGAUGAACAAUGGGGUCUGUAUGACGGUUUUGAUGUCAAGCUUGAGAAAGUUCUGAGAGCUCGGUCAAGAAGGGGAGUUAAUUGCCAUGGGCGUUAUCUUCCAAGGAUGGUGGUAAUCCCUCCUGGUAUGGAUUUCAGCAGUGUCAUUGUACAGGAAGAUUUAACAGAAACUGAUGAAAUAACCUCACUUAAUGAUGGAACUUCUCCAAAAUCGUUGCCUUCAAUCUGGUCUGAGGUUAUGCGCUUCCUGACAAACCCUCAUAAACCAAUGAUUUUGGCCUUAUCACGGCCUGAUCCGAAAAAGAACAUCAUCACACUUCUCAAAGCUUUUGGAGAAUGUCGUCCUUUGAGAGAGCUUGCAAAUCUUACAUUGAUAAUGGGGAAUAGGGAUGAUAUAGAUGAGAUGCCUUCAGGGAAUGCUAGUGUUCUUACCACAGUCUUGAAGAUGGUUGAUAAGUAUGACAUGUAUGGAUCUGUGGCUUUCCCGAAGCAUCAUAAGCAGUCUGAUGUUCCCGAUAUAUAUAGGCUUGCCGCAAAAACAAGGGGUGUGUUUAUAAAUCCAGCUUUGGUUGAACCUUUUGGCCUUACUUUAAUUGAGGCAGCUGCGCAUGGACUUCCUUUGGUGGCUACGAAAAAUGGAGGUCCAGUUGACAUUCACACGGCAUUGAACAAUGGUUUGCUAGUAGACCCACAUGAUCAGAAAGCGAUAGCUGAUGCACUGUUGAAGUUGGUCGCAGAUAAAAACUUAUGGCAUGAAUGCAGGAAAAAUGGAUGGAAGAACAUACAUCUCUUUUCGUGGUCUGAGCAUUGCAGGACUUACCUUACAAGAGUUGCUGCGUGCAGGAUGAGGCAUCCACAGUGGAAGAUGGACACUCCAAAUGAUGACUUGGCUACCGAAUCAUCACUAGGAGAUUCACUUAAAGAUUUUCAGGAAUUAUCUCUCAGGCUUUCUGUUGAUGGAGAGAAAUAUUCAUUGAAUGCUGCCUCAGAUUUCAACCAAUCAUCUGGUAGAGGUGAACCUGAGAUACAAGACCAGGUGAAUCGAAUAUUAAACCAGAUCAAUCGAAAAGAUGCUCAAGCACAGGCACAGCCAGAAAGCUGUCUGAAUAUUAGUAAUAAGUACCCUCUUAUUAGAAGACGACAAAAACUAUACGUGAUUGCUCUUGAUUGCUACAAUGAUCAGGGAGCCCCUGAUAAAAAGAUGCUGCAUGUAAUUCAGGAAACUUUCAAGGCUGUCAAAUCAGAUCAUCAGAUGUCAAGAGCAUCAGGUUUUGCUCUCUCAACUGCCAUGUCUAUCUCCGAGACAGUGGAAUUAUUAAAGUCAGGAAAGAUUGCUGCAAACGAAUUUGAUGCUCUGAUAUGCAGCAGUGGAAGUGAGGUGUACUACCCAGGAAUAAAUCAGUGUAAUGAAGAUGAUUUCAGAUUCUGCGCGGAUCCCGAUUAUGCAACCCAUAUUGAGUAUCGCUGGGGCCUUGAAGGUGUCAAAAUGACAGUAUCAAAAUUAAUGAACACUCCAGAUGCCGAUGGUGAUGAAAAAUCUAACAAUUCUUCUUUUGCUGUUGUGGAGGAUGCAAAAUCAUGCAAUGCGCAUUGUGUCUCAGUCUUGAUUAAAGAUCUGAAGAAGGCAAAGCCUGUGGAUGACCUAAGGCAAAAGCUUAGAAUGCGUGGAGUUCGAUGUCAUCUGAUGUAUUGCAGAAACUCUACAAUGCUGCAAGUUAUUCCACUUCUAGCUUCUCGAUCGCAAGCACUCAGGUACUUGUUUGUUCGUUGGGGUGUGAAGAUUCCAAAUAUGUAUGUAAUUCUUGGAGAAAAAGGCGAUACAGAUCAUGAGGAACUCAUAUCUGGAUCCCACAAGACGAUAAUCAUGAAGGGAAUUGUUGAAAAAGGAUCCGAAGAAUUGCUAAGAAGUGCAGGGAGCUAUCAGAGAGAAGACAUUGUGCCAGUUGAGAGCCCCCUAAUUGUAUAUACUAAAGGAGGUUUAAGUUCAGAGGAGAUCAUGACUGCUCUCAAAGAUGCAUCCAAGGCUACUUCUGGGUAA